ACAGCACUUCUGGGCCCCAAACAGCUGAUCUUUCUCAGCAAUUUGUUUGCUGCACGUUGUCGGCCUAGAAAUCUGUGAAAAGCAGCUUAACGAAAAGCACACGCGCAGCUCGAGAAACCGGCGAAAAAAGUAUCUUUGGAAUUCUGGAGCAGAGAUUGGAUGAGAAUCCACUGCAAUAAAUAUCUGCACUUCGAAAAACAUAAAGCCACAACGGCAAAAAUACAUGAAAAUACGGAAAAUUAUAUUUGAAAGCCACUGAAUUAGAGCUGAGAUCAAAUAAGAAAAUGGCUGUACUCUAGAAAAUCAGGAGCCCGCAGCAAGUAAGAUACGUUUUUGAAUUAGGAAGAUUCAAAAAGCAGCUCCCAAUUAAUCGAAGUUUGAUUUUGACCAAAAACCAUUUAUAUCUUUUGCCGCUCAUUAACUCAAAAAGAGCCGAGCAUAAAUCUUAUUUAAGGAAUCGACUGCUGAAGAAUAUUGAACCCAAUAAAAAAUAAAUUAUUGAAGAAAUAUUGAAUAGAACCCCAGAAUGGGCUUCGAUAUUGAUACCCAAAAGAUCUGCAAGGAACUGGAGAGCUCCGACCGACGCCUGAAGACCACAGUGCUGGAGCAACUGCGCCAAAAGUGCGAAAAUGGAGCAGAAAACGCGACCGCUGACCAAAUAGCCCAGGUCUUCGAUCAACUGUACCUGCAUCUGUUGAAAUGCUACGAGGAUAGAUUCGAAAGCGUUCGCGAUCGUGCCGUUCAAGCGGUAAAUGCCUUCUUGGCAGGUCUUCCGCCCACGGACUUCCACCUGAUGAAUGUGGUGUCCACUUUAGCGGAGCGGAUGGGAAAGGCCGAAACCGUGGAGCCCAGCGAGGAAAUCCGUCUGCUCUACAUUAAGCAACUAAAUUUGAUGGUUUGCCUGUAUGCCAAGAUGGGAAAUGUGGGCGUCUUCAGGGAGUGCUAUCCCCUGGUGGUGAAAAUUCUGAUCAAGUCCAUCAAGGAUGACUAUCCGGUGGUUCAGCGCGAAGGCUGCUCCACCGUGGUGAACCUCGCUGGUGUGGCUGAUACACAGGAGUUUCGUCCCUCUACGGAAUCCCUACUGGUACCUCUUUACGGAAUGUUGAAUCACAAGCAUGCACAGGCCAGGAUCUCGGCCAUCGAGGCCAUCGGCAGGCUGAGUCUGCUCAUGGACGCCAGUGGCGAUGCGAUGAGGAGGCUUUUCAAUGAGGUAUCGCCCCUGCUCAUGGACACUAUGCCCUUGGUUCGUCGUGAAGUCGGUCAGAUGGGCAUUCUUAUGCUAAUGGAGCUGUUGGAUCGCUACUCGUUCUUUGAGAGAAUUCUGCCCCUGGUUCUUUGUUGCCUAAAAGACGAAUCUCCGGAGGUACUGAAUCACAUAUACCCGCAAUGGCUCAAGUGUGGCGCACAGUAUUUCAAUGAAAACGAAGCCGAGUUGUCACAGCAGGAAAUAAGCGAUCUGCCAGUUGAGAAUUAUCCGAAAGAUGUCAAGCGUCCAACCAUAGGCUGUCGUGCCUUGGUGCAACGAUCUUUGAGACUGUUGCAACUCAUUACCCGGGAAACAAGCGACUGGAAGGAUAACGUUCGCCUUCACGCCCUGAAGCUUCUCUAUCAAUUUGUUUUGCAUGCCGAGGCUGCCAUGACGGCCAAGUUCUUCGAGAUCUAUGGUGAUUUGGCCCAUGCCUGUGUUGAUCCUGUGGCAGAAGUCAAUGCGGAAGCCGCCAAGGUGACCGAUUUGAUGGGUCGUCUGUUGUCCUACGAGGCCUGGAUAGAUCAUGGCUUCGACGGCCUGGAACGAAAUGCCCGGGAGUCCUAUAUGAGAUGUUUCUACCACAUGUUCAACGCCUCCCUGGGUGGCACCUAUGAGCAGCUAAUGCGGUUGGCCAACCUCCUUCGCAGUACCGAUUACUCUCACACUCUGAAGCCAGGUUUUCAGCACUACAUACUGAAACUAUUGGAUACCAUAUUGGAUAAAUCGCUGAAGAUCACGGCGGGCCAGAACGAGCUGGAAGAUCUCUACGAGUCAGUAUAUGUAACUGGCAUAAAAGUAAUGGCACUUUCGAACUCUCUCGAAAGCAAUGGAAACGAAGAUGUCAAUUUCGGCCAAAUGCUGAUCGAAAGACUUGUGACACUUCUCAACUCUUCGGUUGGCAAGACUCACGAACGUUGGUUUCAUUUGGCCCUGAAGGACGUGGAGAAUCUGGAUGCGGCUUUGGAAGAUAAUGCUGAACCAGUGAUGCUGUUGGAUGGCUUGAUAAAUAUGUGCCUCAUUCGAGCUACCUAUGUGCACGAUCUUAUCGAGAAAGUGAAAGUCGUCUUUGCACAUUGCUGCGAUAGUGCUCAAGUGAAAAUCUUCAGCAGUCUCUCGUUAGCAACUCUAUUUUGGUCGAAAACGAUGAACAUAGAGCGGGAGCGCAGCACCCAGAUGUUAAGUGAAUUCGUAUCGCAGAUUGUGGAACCCUAUCUGACCUGGAAAGCAGGAUCCAAUGCCGAGGCCAUGAGAUCCCUGGCCAUGGCUACACUAUGUGCUCUGGCCCAGGGAGCCGAGUCAGAAUCCGUGGAAGUGCUACCCUCUCUGGCCAAAUACAUGCCGAGCCUGCUCGAGGAUCGCAAUGUCACCACCCGGCACUAUGCGAUCAAGGCGGUUGUAUAUUUCCGGGAAAUGUCUGUAGAAGAUUUGAAACCAUUAGCUUAUGCCACCAUGCAGCGCAUGGAUGAUCCUUCGGCUGGCAUUCGCAUCCUGGCUGCGUUGGCUGUGGGUAAACUGAAGCCGAAGUUCAGCGAGGCGGACAGUGAAAAGGAACAUGAACGGGAGGUGUGGGAUGCUAUUGUAAAACGUGCCAUGGAUCUGCUGUUGCUCUAUCACGAAAGUCCCGAGAAGGAAAUGAAGGCUGCUGUGGAGGUUACCCUAAAGGUCUUGGCCCAAUCUCAUCCAGAAGCCUGGGAGGAACGCUUCCAACGGGCUUUACCAAUGGUUCAGAAAAAGGAUCAACUCCACGAACUCUACAAGAGGCUAACCAUCAAUGAAGCUCCAGAUCCUCACGUUCCAUUAGCAUCCGAGGAUUAGGGCACACUUUACAUAUUAUUUAAAAAUUGAUUAAGUGUUUAGUUUUAUUUUACCGCAUUGCAAAUUCGUCUUGCAACUUCUAAAGCAUGUACUUAAGCUUUUUAGUAAACAAAUUUAGGUUUAAUUUGGUUCUUAACAAUUUAAUGCUCUUUUACAAGCUGAAGUUUAUACUCGAGCAAUUGAUUCAAUUAACCCAUAUACAUACUUGUAUAUCCACUUCUAAGUACCGAGGACUAUUGUAAACAAAAGCUCCAAACUAUAAAGUAAAAUCUGUGCAAGCGAAAAUUCA